AUGUUGAUAUUACUCUUUAUAUUUAUAUGGUUUGAUUUUACUAUUGCUUGCUCAUCUAGAUUUCCUAUUGUUUUUGUUCCUGCUUUCAUGUCUUCUUCUCUUCAUAUUAAAUCUAAUAUCCCGUCAUCAAUUCAAUUACCUUCUCAUUGUCCUCAUCAAUUAGAAGGACAAAUUUGGUUGAAUUUAAAAGAUGGAAUUCCAUUAAAUAAUACUCAAUGUUUCUUUAAAUAUUUUACUCCAUUUUGGAAUAAUUCAAAUAAACACUUUGAAUCACUUGAUGGUGUUCAAAUAUAUUACAAAGACUUUCCAUCUAUUGAAGGUAUUUCUUCAUUAGGACCAAAAGAAGAGCCAAUUGUCCAAAGAGUAUUACGAGUUUGGUAUAAAAUGAUUCAACAACUUAAAAGAAUUGGUUAUAAAGACAAAAAAUCAUUAUUUGGACUUGGAUAUGAUUGGAGAUAUGCUGAUGUUAAUUAUAACAAUUGGUCAAAAAAAGUGAAAGAAGUCAUUGAAUCAGCUUAUAUUCUUAACAACAAAAAAGUUAUGAUUGUUACACAUAGUUUGGGUGGUCCAAUGGCUUUGCAACUACUUUUCCAACUAGGUGAUUCUUUUUGUGAGAAAUAUAUUGAAAAGAUUAUUACUAUCUCAGCUCCAUUCAUUGGAACAAUAAAAGCACUAAGGUCUUUUUUAUCAGGAGAAACAGAAGGUAUUCCAGUUAAUCCAUUAUCAUUUAGAAAUUUUGAAAGAAAUAUAGAUAGUGUUUAUCAAUUAAUGCCAAAUUAUCAAUGGUGGAAUGACACUAUUCUUAUCUUUAAUGGAACAUCAUACUCAGCUUCUCAAAUGAAUCAAAUACUAAAUCUUAUAAAUGAAACAAAGGAUUAUGCUUCUUUUAUUUAUACAAAUGCUAUGAACAGAUAUCCAAUAAACUGGACUCCUAAAGUUAAAUUAUAUUGUCUCUAUUCUUCUGGAAUUGAAACAGAAGUCUUACUGAACUAUUCUACUUCUUUUGACAAUCAACCUAUUCAAACUUUUGGUGAUGGAGAUGGUACUGUUCCUUUAAACUCACUAUCUUUUUGUAAAACAAUGAAUUUAGAAGAGAGUAUCAAUAUAGGGAAAUAUGACCACUUCGGUAUUAUCAAAGCUCAGAAAACCAUUGACUAUGUUAUUGAACAAAGUUGUAAAACAACCUAA